AUGCCACCAAAGAGGAAAGCCACGGAACCGGCUCCGGAACAGCCCAAUGGUCCGCAGGUUAGUAAAAAGGGUCGUUGCGACUUGCACCAACCACACCCAAAUGCAAAGAAAACCGAGGAUUUCGGUAUAGUCUUACGCCAAUUCUAUCCACCCGAGAUGAGCAACGAGCGCUGCCAAGCAUACAUCGAUGGCGAGCUGGAACGCCCCAUUGAAACACUACAGAAUGCUUGCCGGGAAACCGCUGACAAACGCCGAUCAAUCGACGUGGGUAACGCCGUGGUACAUUGGUUCAAGAGCGAUCUCCGGCUUCAUGACAGUAGGGCGCUGUACACGGCCUACCAAAUUUCGAAAGAGAAACAGGUCCCGUUGAUAGGACUUUACAUUGUCUCCCCCGAGGAUUGGACGGCCCAUUUGACUAGCCCCGCCCGAGUGGAUUUCACCUUGCGCACCCUCAAGCGACUGCAACAGGACCUGGGAGAGUUGGAUAUUCCUCUGUACAUGGAAACACAGGUGAAACGGAAGGCAAUCCCGGAACGGAUUGUGGAAUUGUGUCAACAGUGGGGCGCGAAGAGCCUAUUUGCAAACAUCGAGUAUGAGGUAGACGAACUGCGGCGUGAAUCUAAGCUUGUUAGACUCUGUGUGGAGAGCGAUAUCAAUUUUACUCCCACUCAUGAUACAUGUGUGGUCACUCCGGGCAUGCUGGCUAGCCAGCAAGGGAAACAAUAUUCCGUUUAUACACCAUGGUAUCGAUCUUGGUUGGCCUUUUUGAAAGAAAACCCGGACUAUCUCGAAGUCUCCGAGGAACCCGGGUCAAAUUCAGGGAAUGCGCGCCAACAAUUUAAGGACCUGUUCGAUUGCCAAGUCCCAGCUACACCCAAAAUGUACCUCUUAUCAGACGAAGACCAGAAACGCUUCGAAAAGCUGUACCCGGCCGGUGAACAUGAGGCUCUGCAGCGACUAGACAACUUUCUCGAGGAGAAAGGUAAAAAGUAUGAGGAGUUCCGGAGCAUGUUGUCUGGAGAGCACACUUCGGCCUUGAGUCCCUACUUUGCAUGCGGGGCGCUCAGCGCCAGGACUGCUGUUGUCGCAGCGAAGAGGACCAACAAAGGCCACCUCGAUCGACAUGAUCCUGGUUACAUGACCUGGAUCAGCGAGCUGGCCUGGCGUGACUUUUACAAGCAUGUUUUGGUGAACUGGCCCUUCAUUUGUAUGAACAAAUGUUUCAAGCCCGAGCAUACCAAUAUUGAAUGGGAAUACGACAAGGACCUGUUCCAAGCCUGGUGCGAUGGCAAGACAGGCUUCCCGAUCGUCGAUGCAGCAAUGCGCCAGCUCCGUCACUGCGCGUGGAUGCAUAAUCGUACGCGCAUGGUCGUCUCAUCAUUCCUUACCAAAGACUUGAUGCUCGACUGGCGCCGUGGUGAGCGCUACUUCAUGGAGAAUCUGAUUGAUGGCGAUUUCGCGUCCAAUCACGGCGGGUGGGGAUUCGGGUCCAGCACUGGUGUGGACCCACAGCCAUACUUCCGCAUUUUCAAUCCUCUUCGCCAGAGUGAGCGAUUCGAUCCAGAGGGGGACUACAUUCGGCAGUGGGUUCCGGAAUUACGCGACGUGUCUGGAAAUGCCAUCCACGAGCCUUACGCGAAGGGAGCGGCAGCCAUCGCGCAGAAAAAUGGCUACCCCAAGCCCAUUGUUGACCAUGCAGAGAGCCGAGGUCGAGCGUUGGAGCGGUUCAAGAGUGUAAUUAAGAAGUAG